AUGAGUGGGUAUAUCGAUGGCGGAGGACAAAAUCAGCGAGAAUCCGCACCUGACUUCUGGCGCAUUGCUCCGCGCAUCCCUCAGCAAGCCCCUCGCGGACGUAUCGGAACAAUCAUCGAUGUGGCGGGCAUUGUGAACUUGAUUCGCCAAGCCGGCCAUACGCAAUCUCUGACUGCGAGAGAACAUGUAUGGGAGAACGCGUAUGGCGUAACAUGUCGCUCAAUCCUGCUCGGCGGCAUCGCAUUCAUCAAGGCACAGACAACGACUGAAAAGUGCAGGUGGAGGCAGAAAGAAACCGAUUUAAGCAAAAAAUUCGGCUAUUUAUAUCAAAAUGGUGGCUUUAAAGGCAGGGCCUCGCGGAAAAAAAUCCGCAAAAGGGACAAAAUCCCAAUCUACCAGCACAUUUCUGCUCUGCCGACAACCUCCGAUAUCUGCCGGGAAUCCGCAGAUACUUGCGGCUGA